AUACCGAAAUUAAAUUGACACCGAACGGUGAGGUAGGCUCUUUUUCUGUUUUCGUGAAAAAUAAGCACUGAAAACAGACACAAUUAGUUACAAAUUACAAUCACAAUUAUUUUUGAUGCCUAUUAUUUACUGAGGCAGCGUACAGCGCAGGGGUGUAUCGGCGCACAGUGAACAACAGCGAUGGUAAUGGAGGCGUCCCCGUCCCCGCAGAGCGUUGGCCGUGAGUUUGUCCGCCAGUACUACACGUUGCUCAACAAGGCGCCCGCCCACCUGCACAGAUUCUACAACAACUACUCGUCGUUCGUGCACGGCGGGCUCGACGCGCCCAACCGCGAGACGCUGCCGGUGGUCGGCCAGAAGCAGAUCCACAACCGCAUCCAGCAGCUCAACUUCCGCGACUGCCAUGCUAAGAUUAGCCAGGUGGACGCGCAGGCGACGCUCGGCAACGGCGUGGUGGUGCAGGUGACGGGCGAGCUGUCCAACGGCGGCGCGCCCAUGCGCCGCUUCACGCAGACCUUCGUGCUCGCCGCGCAGUCGCCCAAGAAGUACUACGUGCACAACGACAUCUUCCGCUACCAGGACAUAGUGUUCUCCGACGAGGAGGGCGAGGGCAGCGGGCGGUCGGAGGGAGAGGAGGAGGAGGUGCCGGCGGGCGGGUACUUCCCCGGCGGCUUCACGGCGCCGCCCUUCCCCGCGCCGCCCGCGCCGCCGCACGCGCUCGUGUCGCCGCCCGCGCACCUGAGCCCCGCGCCCGUGGCCGCGCCUGCGCCCGCACCCGCGCCCGUGACGGCGCCCGCGCCCGCGCCCGCCGCGCCCGUGACCGUGCCCGCGCCCGCGCCCGCGCCGCACCUCAACGGGCACCCGCAUGAGGAUCCCACGCGACACCUCGUCGCCGCGCUGCAGGGCACGUCGGUGUCGGGCGGCGCGGGGGCUGCGGGUGCUGCGGAGGCGCAGAGCCCCGAGCUGGCCGAACCGCAACCAGAGCCCGAGCCCGAGCGCGAGCCCUCGCCGCCGCCGCAGCCCGCCGCGCCGCAAGCGCCGGCCGAGCCCAAGACGUACGCGAACCUGCUGAAGUCCGGCAGCCGCUCGUCGCCGCCGGCCGCGCCGCACGCGCCGCACGCGCCGCCCGCCGCGCCGCUGCCGCCGCUCGAGCCGCGCCCGCCCCGCGCGCGCCCCCCGCACGCGCCGCCCGGCAUGAACGCUGACAUGCGCGAAGGCCGCGACGGGCGGGACAUGCGCGACCCCCGCGACGCCCGCGACUCCCGCGACUCCCGCGACGGACGCGAUACACGCGACGGGCGCGACCCGCGCGACGCUCGCGAUGGGCGCGACGGACGCGACGGACGCGACGGGCGCGAGUCGCGGCGCUACUCGGACUCGCAGCAGCUGUUCCUGGGCAACCUGCCGCACUCCGCCACGGAGGAGGAGCUGCGCGCGCUGUUCGGGCGCUUCGGGCCGGUCGCCGAGCUGCGCGUGCACUGCAAGCCGGCCGCGCCCGGCGCGCUGCGCCACCCCAACUACGGGUUCAUCACCUACGAGACGCCGCAGGCCGCCGCCGACUGCCUCAACGCCGCGCCGCUGUACUACCCGGCGGAGAGCGGCGAGGGCACGGAGCGCGUGAAGCUCAACGUGGAGGAGAAGAAGGCGCGCGGGCGCGAGCCGCCGCGCCGCCGCCCGCCCUCCGCGCACCGCGCCUUCACGCGCCAGCCCUACCGCCGCUAGCCCGCAGGUGCCCUACCAACUCCUACUCUUUUAAUAUCCCCGAGGCAGCCGCGGCCGAGCGCCCCCCGCCCCGCGCGAGCCCCGCGCCGCUAGCGCGACACACACCUCCGUACUCACUGACGCGCGCCAAAUACGCAACGUGGCGCCCCCGUGUCGCCAUGGCGACCGCCGCGCCGUCGCCCU